AUGGUCAAGGCGGCAUUGGAAGCAUUGGAAGAGCAGAUGACAUGCACCCACCUCCGGUUGCAUUGUGCAGAUGCCGGGCCGUCGGCCGAUCCUCGCACCGAUCGAGUAAGAACCGAAGCCUCGCUGCUGUCGGCCGUUGAACGAACAAGUACGAAGUAUAGGCAGGGGAACCGCCCCGAGAGGCCUCAAUGCCGCCGCUCAGGCAGCCAAUGUGUCCGUUCCGCAAGUGACACGGCCUUUGGAUGCCUCGAAACGGGCACGCGGGAUGCCACAAUGAUACAAGAUGGCAGCGCCAACAGUGGGAACAACAGUGGAGAGGGGCGCCACUUGGGGGUGGGGACGAAAGGGGACCGGGGGGAAGAGGGGCGGAGGGGGGCACCAAGAUGGCGCUGGAAGGCCAAUUCUCCAGGCGCUGUGAUAGCUGGACUUUGGGGGUCGUCGAUUCUCCACCAAUCCGUGGCGCGCGUCCCCGCAAAUGCUGUUAAUGCUUCACUGCGAACCCUUGGGUUGCUCGGGUUGCUUGGGGGUCUGUUUCGACGGGGCUCCUGCCUUUCCCCCGGUCUUUGUUUCAUGGCCAUGCGACCCGCGAGAGUAAAAGAAAAUUCCGUAGUUGCGAUGGCGAUGGUGAUGUCGACGUUGGCCUCGGCCUCGUCCAGGGCAGGAAAAGGACGCCGUAGGGGAAAAAGUCUGUCAAGGGCAACAUGGCGCGAUUGUUGCGUCUGCCCGGACCCCGUUCCCUCCAAGCUCCCCGGUCUAAGCCUCCUCUCGUUCGUCCAUCUUGUUUCGGCUUGUCUAACUGAGACGGGAUGUGCCCAAGGAACAGCGGCUUCAUUCACCUAA